GGGCAAGUCCCGAAACAGACAGCAUUACCGUGACAGGUAUCAUUCAGCAAAGAUCUGUCAGUGGACAGAGCCAUGAAGUCGUUGUUCGCCGUCCUGUUGAUAGCCUUCGUGGCUGACGCUGCUCCAGGGAUUGGUCAUGGUCUUGGAGGACUCGGCGGACUUGGCUACGGCGGACUUGGAGGUCUCGGUGGUCUUGGCUACGGAGGUCUUGGAGGGCUCGGUGGACUUGGCUACGGUGGACAUGGACUUGGUCUAGGCUUAGGCCUAAAUGGUGGAUUCGGUGGAGGAUAUGGCGGAUACGGUGGUCUCUUGAGCGCUGGUAACUAUGCCAACGGAUACAGUCAUUCCACUGGAUACAGUCAUGGAAACCACAUUGGCAAACAGUUUGGAGGAUUAGGUGGACUGUCACAUGGUCAUCUUAACAAACACAUUGGUAAAAGAAGUGCUGAUCCCGAGCCUGGAUUAGCCCUUGGAGGACUUGGAGGACUUGGCCAUGGAGGAAUUGGCUAUGGAGGGCUUGGAGGACUUGGAGGACUUGGCCAUGGAGGCCUUGGCCAUGGAGGCCUUGGCUAUGGAGGACUAGGAGGACUUGGAGGGCUUGGCCAUGGAGGCCUCGGUUAUGGAGGCCUUGGACUUGGGGGUCUGGGCUUAGGCCUAAACGGUGGAUUCGGCGGUGGAUACGGUGGCUACGGUGGCCUCUUGGGUGCUGGUAACUAUGCCAAUGGAUACAGCCACUCCACUGGAUACAGUCACGGAAAUCACAUUGGAAGCAAGUUGGGAGGACUAGGUGGGCUGUCACAUGGUCAUCUUAACAAACACAUUGGUAAGCGAAGUGCUGAUCCUGAGCCUGGAUUAGCCCUUGGAGGACUUGGAGGACUUGGCCAUGGAGGCCUUGGCUAUGGAGGACUUGGAGGACUAGGAGGACUUUGGCCAUGGAGGCCUCGGUUAUGGAGGCCUUGGACUUGGUGGUCUGGGCUUAGGCCUAAACGGCGGAUUCGGCGGUGGAUAUGGUGGCUAUGGUGGCCUCUUGGGUGCUGGAAACUAUGCCAAUGGAUACAGCCACUCCACUGGAUACAGUCACGGAAAUCACAUUGGAAGCAAGUUAGGAGGACUAGGUGGGCUAUCACAUGGCCACGCCAACUUAUUGGGAAAGUAAAGAUCUGCCACUAAUCCUGUAUCAGAAUAAACCAUAUCGAUUAUUACUGGACCUACUGGAAAAACAGAAACAUGAUCCCAGACUUAGUACUCUGGAAGCUCAUAUUUCUUAUUGUACAAUAAAUGCAUGCAUUGAUAAAAUAAAUCUAUUAUUCACUGUAAA